AGCCAUGCAAGCUGCAUGCAGAGCCCGGCGACUGAGGGCACGGUGCAACCAUGUGGCACUGGGAACUUCUUGGGGUCUGUCGAGGUGGGCACGGUAUCCAAGAGCCCCUUGCAGGCAGAAGGACCAGAGCUGCUUUUAGCUCUGUGCACGGCUCCUGGAUCUCUGCAGCAGGACACAGUGGCAGGGCUGCAAGCAGAAGAAAGCAGGCAGCCUGGUCUGGGCAGGGUUCCCUGCUUGGAGGGCUCUGCACAUGCUGCAUGCACGCUGGAGAACCUGCAAAAGGCAAACGCUGAGUAUCCAAAGAGCAGUGGGAUGGAAGGAGAGGCAGGGCUGUGUGCUGGUGGUGUGGAGCCUGCGUCGCUAAUGGGCUUAGAGAAGCAUGGACUGGCUGCAUCUGAUGGGGAAGCAGCAGAGAAAUUCCAUUUGGAGGAGAAGCAACAGCCUGGCACAGCCAGCAUCCCGACAGCAGAGGACUCGGAGGAUGCUGCUCCAACAGACAGCUCAAUGACAGAGCGCAGCACAGAGCCACCUGAGGAGAGUGUGAGCUGUCACAGUGAGCAGUGCCCAGGUCCUGAGCCAAGAGAAGAGGAGAAUGGGUACAGUGAUCUGGACGCUGCCACAACUAUCUCUGAUGUGGUAACUUCAGCCCUUCUCCCAGGAGGGUCUUACAGGUGUGAAAAACUGCCAGGCAAUGUCAGUAUGUCACUUGGAGAAAUUCAGGAGUUGGGCACCCAGAGCAAUUUUAUGCAUGAUGCUGAAGCACAGAGUGACACACAGGUGGUGCUGGAUGAUCCAGGAAACAGGGAAUGCAUGGGAACAUCAGAAGGUCCACAAGAGGAGAGAGGAGCUGUGCGUGAGUUAAUGGAUUACUUAAAAAAUGAAGCCAGCCAGGAUAGCUGCAUGCACACCAACUCCCAGCUAGGAUCCAGUGCUGCAAUGGAGGGCGAUGUACAAGAGAACAGUGACACAGUGCUGAGCUCAGCAGAGGCAGGCACCAGAAAACCUGGAGCCACUCCUGAGAUGGGCACUGAAAGACCUGGGGAUGUCCCUGAAACAGUCACUGAAAGACCCGGGGACAACUCUGAGACGGGCACAGCAAGGAUGCUGGUCACUGCUGAAAGUGGCUCGGCGUUAAGCAGAGGUACUGGGGAGCAGGAGGCAGAGCUGCUGGGAGACUGCUCCCCAACCACCGCCAGGAUGGAGCAGGGAGAGUGCUCCCCAUGUGCUGGCUGUGCUGAUGUUCAUCUGAGAGGGACAGACCUGGGGCAUGAAGGCUCGCUGCAGGACACCCAAAGGAUGCUGUCCCCGCUUGCAUUCCUGGAGCCUGAGACGCUUGACCUCAGCAUGCUUCAAGACACGGCUGUGGCAGGGCUGCCCACUGACAGCCCUCCUGGGCCAGGUGAUGAUAUACAGUUGGCUUCUGCCCUUGGUCCUCCUGAGCAAGCCCAAGCUGUUUCCACGGCUUACGGAAAUGUUGAGCCCACGGAUGCUGCUGAGCUGACUGCAGCAAGCACUUCCAAGCCUGAUAGCUGUGAAGAAGCUGGGGGGCUCAUUUCCGGGGAUGUGCUGGUGGCUGCAGCCCCUGGUGGUGAAGUAGAGCUGCCUCCUCAGGAAGCUGGAAGUGUCACAGAGGAGAUAAAGAGGAGCUCUGACUCAGAAGAAGCAUUUGAGACCCCAGAGUCCACGACACCAGUCAAGGCUCCUCCAUCACCUCCACAGCCACCACCCGACACAGAGGUAGCCAUCGUAGCAGACAUAGCAGAGCAAGAAAUAAAGCCUCAGCUGCCCUUGGAAGACACAGGAUUACCUCCUGAAACUGCCCCUGUCACUGAUGUGUCACACACUGAGUCAGUUGAAGAAAGCCCUUUCCGUCCCCCUUGCCAUUCUUUUUCCACCGUCUUCGAUGAGGACAAGCCAAUAGCCAGCAGUGGAACUUACAACUUGGACUUUGAUAACAUUGAGCUGGUUGAUUCUCUCCAUGCCUUAGGACCGAGCUCUCCAGAAUUGAAGAAUCGUGACCCCAAAGCGAAUGUUCGAAGAAAAUCUACCGAUUCAGUGCCAGUUUCCAAAUCUACAUUAUCUCGGUCUCUUAGCUUGCAAGCUAGUGAUUUUGAUGGAGCAUCCUACCUUGGCAACAGCGAGACACUAGCGCCGGCAGCAGAUGCUUAUGGUACUGGUUCAAGCAGUGCUUCCAGUACACUCAAGCGAACCAAGAAAUCCAGGCCCGCUUCCUUAAAAAAGAAGCAGCCAGCAAAAAAAUCCCUGGACGCUCCGCUGGUGAAGGAAGCGCCACAAGAGCCUCCUGACCUUGGCCAAGCAGCUUCUGCGGGUGAGGAGAAACCAGCACCCGAAGCAAAAGCUGCCUCAGUAAAACCUGAGUAUACUGACCCUUCUAAAACCUCUGCUGAGAAACAGGAGGCCUCUGCUGUGCCUGAGGGAUCCUACCCUUUGGAUCCAGACAAUUUGGAAGGGAUUAGUGCUUUUAGCACUGGAGGCAGCAAAGUGCAAAACUCACCCCCUGCCAAUAAGAAAACGCUACCUCUUACACCUGCACCGGAGGCUGGGGAGGUGACUCCGUCGGACACUGGGGGACAAGAGGACCCUCCAGCCAAAGGUGUUGCAGUGAGGCUGGAAUUUGACUAUUCGGAAGAAAAAGGGAUCUGUGAAGAGCAGCAGGAGAGCACUCCUCCUCCUAAAAAAGCAGGUAAAAAGCCUGGUGCUAAAAUGCCACUACGGAGGCCAAAGACUAAAAAGUCCGUGGAAAAGCUUGACAAUGCUCCGACUACACCGACGAAGGCACCUGCUGAUCCAAACGAAAUCCCGAUCACAAAAGGAUCUUACACUUUUGAUAUUGACAAGUGGGAUGAUCCCAAUUUUAAUCCGUUCUCCUCCAGUACAAAAAUGCAAGAAUCUCCCACGCUGCCUCAACAAACAUACAGUUUUGAGCCAGACAUGUGCGAGGACUCCAUUGACCCUUUCAAGUCUUCUUCUAAGAUUGCCAACUCACCCACUAAAUCUCCAGCCUCCUUUGAGAUACCAGCCAGUGCCAACGAAACAAACGGAACCGAUGGAGACAACUUGAAUAAACCUGCAAAAAAGAAGAAGACGCCACUAAAGACUGAUACAUUUAGGGUGAAAAAAUCACCAAAAAGAUCUCCACUAUCUGAUCCUCCUUCUCAGGAUCCCACCCCGCUGCCUACCCCAGAAACGCCUCCUGUCAUAUCUGCAGUGGUUCAUGCAACAGAUGAGGAGAAACUGGCAGUGACCAGCCAGAAAUGGACCUGCAUGACUGUGGACCUGAGCACGGACAAGCAGGAUUACCCACAGCCCUCUGAUCUGUCCACAUUUGUCAAUGAGACCAAGUUCAGCUCUCCUACAGAGGAAUUGGAAUAUGGCAACUCAUAUGAAAUAGAAUAUAUGGAGAAAAUAGGCUCCUCUGUGCCUCAGGAUGAUAGCACCCCGAAGAAACAAUCUUUGUACCUAAUGUUUGAUGCACAGCAAGAGAGCCCAGUCAAAUCGCCUCCGGUCAGACUGUCUGAUUCCACCACGCCAUGCUCAGGGUCAAGUUUUGAAGACCCUGAAGCCCAGCAAUCCUCUGGAAUGAAAAUACAACAUCCAGCUUCUCGAGUCCUUGCUGCCAGCCAAGAGGCACACUUACAGUCACCAGACAAGUCCAAACAGAAGGACUUAGAGCCCAUGACACUAGGAACAACCCCAGAGACUAUUGAAAUAACAUCUCCUGAAGACUCCUUUGUCUCUGCUGAUGCUCUUCUCAACAGGAUAUCUAAGAAAACAUCAAUAUGUGAUCAACCUGAGUAUCUAGAUCCUGACUUAGCUGAAAAGAACCCCCCAGUAUUUGCUCAGAAACUUCAGGAGGAGUUAGAGUUUGCUGCAAUGAGGAUAGAAGCCCUGAAGUUAGCCAGGCAGAUUACCCUGUCUUCUUUCCGCUCCUUAGAUGCCGAGAGAGAACCUGCUAUCCCAGCAGAUGUUUCCAUCUCUAAAAGUGUGCUGUACUCACGGAUCGGCGCUUCGGAUGCAGAAGGCACCACGAGUCUUCUCUACCCCCAGCAAGACUUGGAUGCUGCACUACGACUUGCCAGAGCAGAGAUUGUGGCCAAGGAAAGAGAAGUGUCUGAGUGGAAAGAGAAAUAUGAAGAAAGCAGAAGGGAAGUGAUGGAAAUGAGGAAAAUAGUUUCAGAAUAUGAGAAGACGAUUGCUCAGAUGAUAGAGGACGAGCAGAGAGAGAAGUCUGUCUCCCAUCACACCGUUCAACAGCUGAUCGUGGAGAAGGAGCAAGCGCUGGCGGAUCUGAACUCGGUGGAGAAAUCCCUGGCAGAUCUUUUCAGGAGAUACGAGAAAAUGAAGGAGGUGUUGGAGGGGUUUCGAAAGAACGAAGAAGUGUUAAAGAAAUGUGCGCAAGAGUAUUUAUCACGAGUAAAGAAAGAAGAACAGAGGUAUCAAGCACUCAAAAUCCACGCCGAGGAAAAACUGGACAGAGCCAAUGCUGAAAUUGCACAAGUGAGAGGCAAGGCUCAGCAAGAGCAAGCAGCGUAUCAGGCCAGCCUUCGUAAAGAGCAGCUGAAGGUGGAUGCGUUGGAAAGAACACUGGAACAAAAGAAUAAAGAGAUAGAAGAGUUGACAAAGAUUUGUGACGAACUGAUUGCCAAAAUGGGGAAAAGCUAACUUUUAACCAAAUUUCUGGACUUCAACACUGAGUGCAAUAUGACCAUUGGCACACUGAUGUCCAUACAUUUAUGUGGACGGGUUAUAUUUUCACCUUUUCGUAUGCACUACUGUAUUUUCUUUCUAAAUAAAGUUGAUUUAAUUGUAUGCAGUACUAAGAUGACUAUCAGAAUUUCUUGCUAUUGUUUGCAUUUUCAUAGUAUAAUUCAUAGCAAGUUGAUCUCAAAGUUCCUGUAUCAGGGAGAUUGUCAAGUUCUCUAAGAAAUUACAAAUUGCUGAUCCUAGCCUUCCCUUUGUACAUGAGUUCCCAUGUUGGAUGUCUUUUGGAUUUAAUAUAAACAUGUAUUACUUGCAUGGGGACUCUUGCCUUAAGGAGUGUAAACUUUAUCUGCAUUUGCUGAUUUGUAAAAUAAAAUGAAAAACGAAAAAAAAAAAUCAAGAUGCAUGUCACUUAAAUGAAAUUCUCUAUUGUAAAUAAAUUUUUUCGUUGGAAGUUGAA